GUCAUCACAAACCCUCUGAUCUACUGGUUUCCCUGGGUUCCAUCCCAAGCAAUUGUGCCAUCAGGUUCCCCACCCCAGGGGGCCCCUAGGGAGGCAAGGGAGGAGACAUCUGAGCAUCAGUCCAGCACAAAAGAAUCCCCCGAAAGGGCUGCUCAUCUGCCCCGGGCACUCAGAACACACAUGACUCACCCCACCUGACCUCAGACAAGUGUCUCUCCAGGAAAUCCCAGGAUCCCAGCAUUCCUUGGAGCAAACUGAACCCCUGAUGUCCCUAACCCUUUGCUAGCACCCUCUGGCCCCACAGAAGCAGCCAACAUGCCUAUCUUCAAGUGCCCGCAAAAGUCGGAGCCCCUGUGGAAGGAGUGGGACAAGAAGGCCCAGAAGAACGGACUGAGGCACCAGGUGUUCGCUGUCAAUGGCGACCACUACGUGGGCGAGUGGAAGGACAACAUGAAACACGGGAAAGGAACACAGGUCUGGAAGAAGAACGGAGCCAUCUAUGAGGGGGACUGGAAGUCUGGGAAGCGAGAUGGCUAUGGCACCCUCAGCCUUCCUGACCAAGAGACCGGAAAGUACAAGAGAGUCUACUCAGGCUGGUGGAAAGGCGAUAAGAAAUGUGGCUAUGGGAUCCAGUUUUUCGGACCCAAGGAGUAUUAUGAGGGUGACUGGUGUGGCAACCAGCGCAGCGGGUGGGGCCGCAUGUACUACAGCAACGGAGACAUCUACGAGGGCCAGUGGCGUAACGACAAGCCAGAAGGGGAAGGCAUGUUGCGCCUGAAGAAUGGGAACCGCUAUGAAGGCAAUUGGCAGAGAGGUGUGAAGAAUGGGUCAGGGCGUUUCUUCCACCUGGACCAUGGUCAGCUGUUUGAAGGCUUCUGGGUGGAUGACGUGGCCAAGUGUGGCACAAUGAUUGACUUCGGCCGCGAUGAGGCCCCCCAGCCCACCCAGUUCCCCAUUCCUGAGGUCAAAAUUCUAGAUCCCGACGGUGUGUUGGAGGAAGCCUUGGCUAUGUUCAAGAAGACAGAAGAAGAAGGAGAUUGAUGCCAGGGGACAUCUGGCCAAGUCUAGAGACACUUUCGGUUGUCACAGCUGGCAGGGAAGAGUCCUACUGGUACCCAGUGGGUAGAGGUUGGGAACCUGCUGAACAUGUUAUAAUGUAAACAUUCCACAGAAGAAUCCAACCCAACUUCACUGGUAUAAAACCAUGAAAGAACGCUGAAAUAUCAGUGUUCAUAAAGCCCUCGGCAAAUGCCCACCACAAAAUAAACGGCUCAGAAAAGUGUUCACUGACAUUAUGGAGAUUCUGCCAUCGGAACCCUAAGCAGGUGGCCUGAUCCACAGCAGGGUUCUCAGUUGGUACCUCUGAGGCCAGGAAGCUGAGCCUGGUUGCCUCUGGACACACCACUAACCAGAUACAGAGCCACUCACUGCCAGGCCCAGUGCUGACAGCUUUACAUGAGUGCUCUCUCGUGAUCCCUCAACGACCUAUGAGAUGUCCUGCUAUUAUUCAUGUCAUUUUAGAAGGAACUGAGGUUCAGGGAGGCCCACAAGUCAUCAAAUUAGAAACUGCCUGUGCUUAAACUUAGGCCUGUCUGCUCAGUUGAGAACAGGUGGUGGUGAGAACAGUAGCAAUGUGUAUAGACUUUUUUUUUUUUGUUUGUUUUGUUUUUUUUUUUAAGAAGAAGUAGGGUGUGUUCUUGUUUAUGUAUAAAAUCUCUAAAUGGGAUCAAAAUAUACUGGCAACUGUGGUUAUUUCUAUGGAGAAUUGGGAACCUGGAAACAGGGGAGCAAUAGCAAUUUUUCACUGCUGUAUUUGGAACCUAUGAACAUAUUAUCUAUUCAAAACAUCAAGUUGAUAUUAAAGACUGUUCUUUUAACUGUC